AGAAUUUUCCAAUUUGAACUACAGCGCACGUAGUCACGUCGCCUCCCAUCUUGGAUUUCCCUAUAAAAAGGACACCGUGGUCCUCCUAGACGGUCGUCGUUAUCUAUCGCUCCGAUCCAAUCCCUAAUUCAGAUACAACUUACGAGCGUAGAUCAGAGACGAAAACCUGUGAUCUACGUACACGUAGAUACAUUUUGAGAUUAAAGAACGAGAGAUCUAAUGCGAAUGCAGUUCUUAGUUUUUCCCCAAUAAGGAAAAAGUUAUGCGUUGUAUUCUGAUGCUUAAUGAUUAUGAUGCUGAAAGCUGAAUAAAGAUGAUAUAAAGUCGAGUGAAAGUAUGCUACUUACUUUUGUUAGUGGAGGUGUUAUGACUUUUGUAGCAGUAAAAUCGGUUGCUGGUUUUGAUAGUUACAACUACAUUUCAAAGGGUGAUGAUAUAGUUAAUGUGUGGUGACAAGAUAUAAGUUUGUUCUUCUAUAUGGCAGAUAGUAUAUCGAGUUUUUGGGGCCCAGUCACUUCCUCCCAUGAAUGGUGUGAAAAGAAUUACAUUUAUUCUUCUUAUGUAGCCGAGUUUUACAACACCAUAUCAAAUGUUCCAAGCAUUCUUUUAGCCUUAAUUGGGCUUUUUAGCUCAUUACUACAACGCUUCGAGAAAAGGUUUAGUGUUCUUCACUUGUCAAACAUGGCACUUGCUCUCGGAAGUGUCAUGUAUCAUGCCACCUUGCAACACGUGCAACAACAAAGUGAUGAAACGCCAAUGGUAUGGGAAAUGCUCCUCUACAUCUACAUCCUGUACUCCCCAGACUGGCACUACAGAAGCACGAUGCCAACUUUCCUCUUUCUUUAUGGAAUCUCGUUUGCAGUUCUCCACUCGAUAAUCCGUUUUGAUAUGGGAUUCAAGCUUCACUACAUCAUGUUAUGUCUUUUGUGUAUUCCAAGAAUGUAUAAAUAUUACAUUCACACACAAGAUAUUGCCGCCAAACGGUUGGCCAAAUUCUACUUUGCCACCCUCUUGAUUGGCGGCGUUUGUUGGUUGGGUGACCGGUUUUGGUGCGGGCGGAUAUCGAGGUGGCCGGUCAACCCGCAAGGUCAUGCUUUGUGGCAUGUUUUCAUGGGGUUUAAUUCGUAUUUUGCAAAUACGUUUUUGAUGUUUUGUAGGGCUCAACAAAGGGAGUGGAACCCUAAGGUUGUGAGGUUUUUGGGGGUUCUUCCUUAUGUUAAGAUUGAUAAACAAAAGAGAGAGUAGGAAGGAGGAGGGUAGUCGGGUAAUUUUAUCGGUUUUUUUUAUGAGUUGGAUAUUUUGGAGUAUAUUUUCGAAAUUGGGGUAAAAUGGAUGUGAAAGUAGAAUAUGUUUAAUGUACCAAAUUUUGUAAUCCUUUUGUGAUACAAUUUGUUUGAUUCAAUCAUUAUUAGUGCGUUUUAUGUCUUUUGCCAAAA